AUGGCCAUAUCAAACUAUGAGUGGCCAGGUAGCCUGGAGCUCCAGCUGGCCAAUCACAGCGCACUGGCCGUCGUCUUCCAGCUGGAGUACGUCUUCUCUGCUCCACUGGGCCGGGACAACACGCGCCGCGUGCGCCGCUGUAUCGGCACACAGUGUACUGAAGAGCUGACGGGGUUCUAUAGGAGGGCGGCCUUCAUGCACAGCCUGCGCUGGGCCGCCUGGUGCCCCUUCCUGGAGGCCAGCGAGCCGGGGGACGAGCAGGCCGAGACCCAGCUCCCUCUGCUGGGGGGCCCCCAGCCCAACCCCUUCGAGGUCAUGGUCUAUCGGGCGACCACGCCCUCCCUGACGCCCAGCCCGGGUUCAGCUACCGCGCCGGGCGACGCACAGGUCAACGAUAAGGCCGACGUGUUACGCUUCCGUCUGUGGUCCCGUUCCGACAGGAAGGUCUCAAGCCCAAAGGUGUCCGUCCGCGACAAGCAUCAAGGAGACAUGCAAAGGCAGAGAACACUUCCAUCGUCUUCCCCGCCCUCUAAAGGGGACCACCUGGUCUCCUCUGGAUUUACAUGCUCCGCGAUAGGUGCCAGCGGGAGGGGCGGCCCAGCUGCCUGCUCUAUGGCCCAUCUGGAGACGGAUCUCCGGCGGGAUGGAGAGGAUGCUGCGUCGCCCAUGGCGAUCCAGGAUGGAGACCACCUCCUCCAAGAGCUGCCCUUCACCCCGCUGCACGCGCCUGUCCUCACCCUGGAGACGUACCGGCCGAGUACCCGUCCGGUCGGCUCCAGGAGCGCCCUGGCCCACCUCUACUCCGCCGGCUUCCCGGACGUCCUGGACCGUGACGGGCGGCCCGCCCUGGUCCUGGACCCCACGGACCCCGUGCACUACGACCCCGGACGUGAGGAGGCUGACCCCCUCCGGGGCCACCUGCUGGUGUUUCAGUUCCUGGCCUUCUCCAGGGUGCUGACUGCGGACGCAGACGCCGACUGGCCUGAGAGCGUCCACUUCACCUUCCAGUUCUACCGCUUCCCCCCGGUCACGUCCCAGCGCCUCAUGCUCCAGCAGCCAGGGGCCCACCGGGGGGGGGGGGCCGCAGCCGGCCGGCCAUCCCUUACCCUGUACGGUCCCGGGCUGCAGGUCCAGUUCCGGGUGGAUGAUGGCUCCCUGAAGGCCGGGGAGCGGCGCUGGUUCCUGGGCUACCUGGCCCAGCAGACCCUGCAGGUGGACGUCUGGGACAGCGCCUCCCUGCUGCUGGUGGGCUCCUGCUGUGUCCCGCUAAAGCACAUGCUUCGUCAGGGUCGGUCGGCAGUGCAGGCCCUCCAUGAGCUGGAGGUCCUGGCGACGGAGUACGCCAGCGAGGAGACCCCCCUCCACCUCGGGGGAGAAGGGGGUCCGAACCGGGGCAGCGGGGGCCACCACCAGAGCCUGGUCAACAUCAACACGGUGCUCAGGGGUCGCCUGUACGUGCGCACGGGGAACAUCGGAUGUCUCGUGGAUCCUGAUUGGAGAAGGCCAGGCGAAGUACCGCCUCCUUGUUCCUAUGUCAUCACGCAGCCGGAAAGUGGUGCAGGCGGCUUCAAAGGAGGAAAACUCUCCACUGGAAACAUCCUCAGACUUAAUGAGAGGAACGCGUCACUGGCUCAGCAGGCGGCGGCCGCGGCGGCGGACAUAACGGGCGGCGGGCCGGAGGUGAUAACGGACGGCGUCGGCCCGCCCACGCCGGGCGAGUCGUUGGAGGACCGCCGACGCAAGCUGAGCUGCUUGGCCGCCGUGCUGCAGCGGGAGGCCAGGGAGAACCCGGAGAGCCAGGUCAAAACGGCCAGGGUCAUGAGCCGGAGGGAGGAGCGUGUGCAGCUGGCCCGGGACCUGGAUCAGAUCCGGGCCCUGCAGGACCGCAGCAAGGCGGAGGCCAUCUCCAGCAUGCUGAGCCAGGCCAUCACCACCCGCCACGCCCUCUACGCCAGCCUGGGCACCGCCGAGUACCUGGAGUUCAUCCUGAGGAACCCCUUCAGCGCCCCGCACACCGUCAGCAUCCACAGCGCCGACCCUGACCUCAGUGUGAUCUCCAGCGUGGAGGAGUGGAGCCACUUCAGGGCCCUGACGCGGAGCCCCACCCCUGUGGAGGAGAACCUGUUCCAGGUGGAGGAGGGCUCUCCACACCCCCGAGUCUACCUGCGGCCCCGCGAGAGCGUCCACAUCCCCCUCAAGUACCAGAGCUUUGUCUGUGACCACAGCCCCCCACUGCAGGGCCCAGGGUUCCCUUCCUCGGGUCGACAGGAAGACGUGGCCCGGAAGCACACGUCCAACAUCGUGCGCGCCAAGUCCAUCAAGGUGACGUUCCGGGCGGAGGACGGCCAGCCCCUGGCGGUGCUGCAGGUGGAUGUGGAGCCCACGCCCCACCUGGUGGCCCACACCUUCCGUCUCUACCACCCCCAGCUCUGCCUCCUGAAGAAGGCCCUGCGCAUCCCCCCCGGGCUGGCCUCUGCCCCCGGCAGCGCAGAUGGCACUGAAGAGGAGAUACUGGUACGUUGCAGUGACCCCGGCGUCGUCUGCCAGACCAAGAUGCUGGCGCCAGGGGAGCCCCAGGACGUGUAUAUGAAGGUACCCGGGAGCCCCAGCCCUGACGUGAAGAUGUUCUACAUAAUGCUGUUCACGGACUGCUGGCUGGCGCGUCCGGCCUCCAUCUGGAGGGUGCACGUGCACUUCCUGGAGCGGGUGGAGCUGAGCUGCGUGGCGGGCCAGCGGACCCUGCAGUCCCUGGUGCUCAGAGGGUCCCGGGCCCCCCGCAAGGUCCGCUGCUACUGCUCCCACCCUCGGCAGCUAGAGGUGGACCCGGCGGGGCUGUUUGUGCUGCCCCCUGCAGGCGCGGUGCAGGAGCUGCAGGUGCGGGUGCAGCCCUGGCGCUCGGGCUCCCGCCUGGCGUUCGUCAGCGCGGUGGACGUGGAGCGCUGUCAGGUCCUCGCCGCCUGGAUGGUCUGCCUCAACGCCCACCGGCCCGUCCUGUCCAAGGCGUUUGAGCUCUCCGUACCGGUGGCUGGGGGGCGGGGCAGCACCCGUAGGAUCACCUACACCAACCCGUACCCGGACACCCGCACCUUCCUGCUGCACUCGGACCGGCCGGACCUGCUGCAGUUCAAGGAGGACCGCUUCCAGGUGGGGGGUGGAGAGGUGUACACCGUCGGGCUGCGCUUCGCCCCGAGCCAGAGCGGCGGCAGCACGGAGGUCUCCAUCUACAUCAACAACCUGGACGAGAAGACGGAGGAGGCCUUCUGCCUGAAGGUCAACUACUCCUGACCUCCGGUCCCUGACCCCGGCAGGCUCCCAGGUCAGCCUCCAAAGGUCGCACGGUCAACCCGACGGAGGCCUUCCAUGCUGGGUUGUUUUCAUGGCAAUUUUGUGUGUGGAGUUGUUGCUUUUCAUGUUUAGGAUUGUUAGGUUAAUGCAGGACAACACAAAAUGUAAUUUCAGUGUUUGUUUUCCUACCAAAAUCGCAUGAAUCAGAACUAGAAUGGCGAAUAUCUCUGUUCUUUUGAUGGUAUUGGAUUCCUGCACCACUGUCUGAGCUGACCUCGCAGUCCAAUCAUACAACUGAUCCAAACGCCGUGUUUAAUGUCCUUUUUAAGAAAACAAACAAACACCAGCGUUGGUUUUUCGAUGUGACCAAAAGAAAACAGUGUUCACUUCACUCCAUUUCCCCCGUUUCCUCAAAUUGAGUUGAGAACGGUACAGGUAACGGAUAUUUUCAAACCAAAAGAGACUCUCUACAGACAGCCACGGAACGUCACUAUCAGCCGGCACACAGCUUGUCUGCUGCCCGUUCUUCCGUAUCGGUGACGCCCGAACGGGUAUGCAUUCUCUCGCACAGGAUGCAAAAAUGAUUACCUUCGUGCGAGUGAUAAAUAAACACAGUUAACUUUU